AUGUCGCAAGUUGAUAUCAAUACGUUCCAUAACCAAAUGCAGGGGUCGAAGAAACGACCUCGUAUUCAGAUGGCUUGUGAUCACUGUAGAAAGAAGAAAGUCAAGUGUAACGGGAGCCUUCCGUGCCAGAACUGCUCAAACGUAGAUGAGUGUAUCUACAGUGCACAUAAAGAGAGGAAAAGACGGUCGAAGAAUUCGCCAGCCUCUGAGUCUGAAACAUCCAAAACCAAAACCAUCGAGGUGUUGAGCAAUAGGCUCAACUCGUUGGAGAGCUUGUUAAGUAACUUGGUCAGCAGAUUGGAUGGACUGAAACCGUCUAGCGCCACUGACACGAGUCAAAAAAAUUUGAAACCUGUAACUUCCCACUCAUCCAACUCAAGCUCUGACUCGGAGUCGACAUUAAACCCCACGCCUCCUAGUUCAACGGAAGAAAAGCACCAUGAUGACCGUGUUGCUAUUAGAAAUAAGGCUGGGGAUGGAGAGACUGAAAAGUUAUCUAAAUUCAGCAGCCUUCGUAUUAAAAAGAGACCGACUUCUAGACAUAUACAGGUAAGAAAAUGCCAAUCAUACUUCUGUAUUAUAUCAGAAAAAACUAAAGCCUGGAUCAAAAGCAGAUUACGCCCCCAAGACUUGAAGUUGGUAUUCUCGAUUGAGAAGUUACCCAUGUUAUUAAACUCCUCACCUCUGUCCCUGGCCAAGGCAUGGUCUAACGUACCAAGUAAUUCCAAGCAUGAAAUAUUGCCACGUAAUGGAACAAAGAGUCAGAAGCAAUCUCCAGCUAUAGCUGCCGCUGCCAGCGCUGAACCUGGCACUUGUGAUUUCCCACUGGAUUCUAAUUUGGUCUAUGGCUUUUUGAACACUUACUAUAAAACCAUACCUAAUGCUAACCUCGUAGUGGAUCAUGGUAUUAUCAUUGCGUUAUUUGAUAGAUAUUACUCGGGACAGAAUCAAUUUAGCGCAGGUGACCAGGCUGGUGUGAAGCAAGACAAAGCUCUUUUCAAGUACUCCGAGUUACUUAUUAUGAAUAUUGCGCUUGCUCUUGCUAUUGAAAAUAAGUCUGACGUGUGGAACAAAUUCACAGAGCUUUACACUUUAGAAGACUUGAAUACACUCCAAGAAGAAUGUUUUAACAAUGCAGUCUACUUCUAUGAGAGAGUCAAUAUUGUCUGUGAGGGUUUAAUCACUAUCCAGGCGAUCGUGUUGUUAUAUACAUUUGCAGAUGUCCACUACUCCACAGACUUUUACAUUAAUAAUAUGUUGACUUCAGUGGCAAUACGAUUUGCCCAAGAAUUAGGGUUGAAUAGAGUCGAAUCAUAUGAUGAAAUGAGUGAAGAAGAAGCAGAUAUAGGUAGAAAGUUGUGGUGGUAUUGCCAUUGCUUGGAUAUGGAUUCGUGCUACAAGACAGGGAAACCUCCACUUAUUAAUUUACAAGAUGUAUCCAGUUUGACUGAUAUGGACGUAGAGUCUCCAAUUGGGUCGAUUGAUAAUCAUGAAGAGCUUGUGGAAGUUUGUUUUGACCAAGGUGCUCAUGUGUAUUCUUGUCACUAUACAUUAUUGCUCAAUAGGGUAAGAAAUAAGUCAUACUAUGAAUUAUUUUCUGCUAGUAGUCAACGGAAAUUGUCUACCCUGUUCGACGUGCUUGUCAAAUCUAUUGAAAUGAUGAACCUGGAUAUGAUGGAGCUUGCUAACAAAAUGCAUCCCCGUAUGAGACCAACCUUCUUAAAUAAACCAUGUCAUACCAAUGAAUUAUCACCUGAUUUUGAUAAGUUGUAUUUGUCAAAUAAGGAAUUCAUGGAUGAAACCAAUGCUAUGUUUAAAAUUCAAUUUUUCUGCCAUUUGAUGAUUAUCAAUAGAGUCCCACUACUUGUUAAUUUCUCAGACAAGAUAAAAAUUCUGUCAGCAGGAAGAAAAUCGUUGGAGUGUGCUAGAACUAUUUUAUUGAUAGUUCUUGCUGUGGACUCAAAGAAAGUUAGUAAAAUCAACUAUGAAUUAAUGGAGGUAAUUAGCUUCAUAGCAUUUUUGACUUUAUUAACAACUCAUUUACAAAACUUGGCUGACGAUCAAAUCCCUGAAGAUUUUGAUCUCCUUGCGAAAUUUUCUAUGAAUGUGUUUUCUAAGGGGACAGAGCUGUUCAAUGGCGAAAGCUGGGCUAAAUUAAGAGCCUUAGACUGUAAAAGAGUAUUUAUGAUUCUUGUGAUAAGAAUAUCAUUGAAAAUAUUAGCUGGAGCCUAUGACGCAGAGAACAACGUAGAUUUGAUAGAAGGCAAUGCAGAAGUGAGUAGACAUUUAACUUUAUGUGAAGAGAUUUAUCCUGAAGCUUUUGGAGACACCAUUUCACGUAUGGACUCUGAUUCCAAUACAUUAAUCCCCAAUCAUCAUAAUAGUCACACUUCAAUGUCAUCAUCUACUGGACUGAGUUCGGCUGGUUGGAGUAGCACAAAUAUACUGACGCCGGUGAAUAACUUGAAGAAAGAUAUAUUUGGCAAUCACUUCAGCCCAAGUAGCACCUUGACACAUAAUAAUCCUAUUUCGCCAUAUUCUCAAAAUCUUUUGGAUGGGGUCAGUGCGGACUUCAAUAGUGAGAUCUUGAAUGGUGCAUCUGAAGUUGAUCAGCUGCAGUUUGCUAAUCAACACUUUUCAAAUGUGGCAACUGAAUUUCAGAUUGAAGAUCUAAUUAAUGAUGAUGCAAUCAGUAAUUUGUUGUUUUCUCAGGCCUAUAACUUCCCUAAUCUGCUUUUCGAUGGGGUCAACCUGUAG